GUAGUGGCUCUUUAUGACUACACAGCCAGCCGAUCAGAUGAACUAACCAUCCAUCGCGGAGACAUUAUCCGAGUGUUUUUCAAAGAUAAUGAAGACUGGUGGUAUGGCAGCGUAGGAAAGGGGCAGGAAGGUUAUUUUCCAGCUAAUCAUGUGGCUAGUGAAACACUAUAUCAAGAAUUGCCUCCAGAGGUAAAGGAGCGAUCACCUCCUUUAACUCCCAAGGAAAAACCUAAAACAGAAAAACUUUCUUCAGCUUCUCAAAAGCAGUCAGUCAAUAAGGAAAAGCCCCAGGAUUUCAGACUGGGCUCACAAUCUAUGGCACAUUCUGAAAUGAGCAAAGAACAGAACCAUGAGGACCGAGCACAUAAAGCAGAUAUGCAGGCAAAGAAGAGUGAGCAAACAGGCCGAAAAGUCACCCUAAUAGAGGCCUGCCAACCCUGGGCACACUGUCACAUUGCAUUAUGGAGGCCUCACUUGGUUGCUGGGAGUGCACUCCUCACAUUCUCAAGUCUGAUCUCCAGAGAGAACCAGCUGCUGGCCCUGCCCCUGGAAAGGCCUACUGGGCCACUCAGGAUGUCCACAGAAGACCACGUCCUUUUCUGA